UUAAUGUGGUCAUAUACCCAUCGCAUUACGCGUUGCCGUUCGUUUUAUUUUUAUUCUGAUAUCUGAUUGAGUUUUUAAAAUAAUUGGCUGUAGCAAUAAACAGCGCAGAAAUUAUUUACCGAUGUUGUCUGUGUCGAGAUUAAGAAAUAGAUCGCUAUUGUUAUUUUUCGACUAAAUCACAAAUUCAGUGUUGUCAGUUGCCACUUGCCGCAGUCUGCAAAUCACGUCGCAUGUAUUAAGUGUCCGUUGUACGCCUAUGAAACACACACACAUCGUAAGUAUUUUAUAGCAGAUAACGACGAAAAUAAUAACGUACAAAGCGUUGUGUGUUUUACCAUCCUGCCAUCCUGGUGUGUCAGUGUACACCGACGACGAGUGAUGACCAGACGAUAAAAAAAAUAUUUUUAAAGUAUACCACCAGACCUAACCAGACGUCCAUUAUCCGGCCAGCAAUCUACUUUUCUGCGUGUAUGUAUUAUGUGACUAGAGAAGCACUCAGGUCAUCUCUCUGUAAAAUCUCAUAUCUGUAAUUUCACGGCUAGAACCGCUUACAUUUCAAUAUUAUCUGUUCAUCCACGCACGAGUGACGACUAUGAACUCGGGAAAGAAGAAAACCAUCAGAAAGAAAGUCUCCGCGUCGAAUGAGUUUACAAGACACGCUGUAGCUCAAUUGAAACAUGACUACCCUAACUCACGGCUCAGAAAGUAUGACGUCAAUGACGGUCCACGUCUUGUCGAAGUGAGCAACACAAGCUAUGAACGACUUUCGAAAAGUAUCCAUAAGACGUUUGAAAAUUGCAAUAUCAGUGAGAUACUCCAAGUCUGUGCCCCCCAGAUGUAUGGAAUGUUUAAGCUGCGCUAUGAGGAAAUGAAAUUGGUCGCGGGCAAAAAUGUCAAGAAGAGACUUUUGUACCAUGUGACCACCGAGUCCAGAGCCCUGGAGUCACUCGAGACAGGACUCGACUGGAGGCGCACUGUGCGUGCUAAGUACGGGUAUGGAGUUUCAUUCAGCGACGACGCCGACUACGCCAACUUUUACGCCGACAAAUUCACUGAUGAAGAUGAACGAGUGAUUAUGAUAUGCUCCGUACUGGUGAAAAAAAUUUACGUAAUCCCCGCAGAGGACGACGGGAACAACUUGAUCGUACCACCAGGCCGUGCAGACACAACGGUUAGCCACAACAACCGAGUGUUAGUGAAGUACAACGAUUAUGAAUUUUAUCCAAAGUACUUUGUGUACUACAAGAGAAGACCCGAACACAUGACAAAUAGCAAAUAUUUCCGUAGAAACAGCCAUCGGACGAGGUCGUUAGUAGGAGGGAUGAAAGCUAUGAAUCUUCAUUGAUUUUGAACGAUUCUUAAACGUUUUCUACUACUGUUUUUAUUUUUAAGCAAACAUAGUUAUUUUUAUUUUACAUAAUAUUAUUAUCUAAUAUUCAUAUUAUAUACAUUGAUCUGCUAAGGCCGUGGCGUACAGUUUACGUUUUAUUUUCUCUGUUCUGUAUUCAUUCAUAAUUUAUCAUAAUACAUUUUAACUACACGCAUUCAUGCGAGAACGAUUUAUAUCAAUAACUUACGGAAUAGUAAGUAUUACAGUUGUGAUUGGUAAUUUUAUUUUAAUUUGAUUGUACACAAUUUUUAUUAUAUAUACAAGUGCAAAA